ACAGAGAUACCCAACCAUUGCAUCCUAAUACACCUCCGCCUACAAAAAAAAUUGCACAUGGAAAGUAGAAACAACGUACGGCAUAAUGCCAUACGAUUGCACCUGGAAAAUAUUAAAAGCGAUAAAUUUACAUUGACUGAUGACGUCAAACCGAAGCACACUAUUCGAAGCCCUGCACUGUUCGGUUCGACUCACUUGGAAAAAAACAAACGGUGUUGUAUUUCGAUAGUUGUGUUGUAAAUUGUGUUGUAUUUCGAUAACAUUUUCCAACUUUCAUCAUGGUCACAUUAUUGGCUCUGUUCUCCCUGGCUUUUCUUGGCUCGGCGAAUGGAAACUGGCCCGUUGGUAAUGAUGAUUCCUACGAAGGUUUGAAAUUUUACGAGAUGAAUUUGGAAUGUAACGACGCGCUAUCGGAGUGUGAGCACCGAUUCAGCGGCCACUUUUCCGCAUUCAAAGGGCUUCCGUUCCAAACCAUUGACCAUGUGUUGGAAUACACUAAGGAUCCUUACCAGCUCAAAUUUGACACGAAGGUGGCGACUGUAGACAUGAAGGCUCGUUUCGAUCAAGACGAUCCCUCGGAGACAUUUCACUUUUGCAGUGAACUUACAGAGGACAAAGCCGUGCCCGUUAUCGGCCUGUAUCACGGCAAGUGGACCUUGUGUUUGGAGAACGACUUCUCCGGCCUAACCAUUCCGGCCGACUGCACCGCGCCAGUUGCUGUGUCCAAAAUCGUGGGCAGUUUGAACGACGGAAAGUUGCUGGGCCAGCAGGUGCUGUACUGCAUGCCUUCGUAAUUGUAUACUGAUUGUUGCUGUGAAAAUAUAAUUCAAACCAUUGAGUUAUAAACCAUCGUUCAUUAAUGUUAUAAUUUGGAGGGAUAGCAAGUGUAAUCAAAUUUAUUAACGAUGAACUGUUCGCACGACUUUCGAUUUUCGGCCCCAGAAAUAGACCUUUUGGGGUAAUUUUUCUAACAAUACAACAGUUGUUCACUUUUUGAAAGGGACAUCGACCGAAACCCGAAUCUUUAAGUCCCGGAAUAAUUACUUUAUAUUUCGAACUACUUGCUGCCCAACUAUAGAAGAAUUCAGGCUUAGGACGAAUCUGCAUUUUGGCGCAAAAGCAAUUCCAAAAUAAAAUCCUUUCUCAGAAGGUUGCAGACGUCCAAAAUAGAACAAGUAGGUUUUUCGUUUAUUGAUGAAACAUAUAAAGUAAAAAUUUGAAAGUGUAAAAAAGGCGAUUAUUUUUGAAGAGCACAAGCAUUCUUUGACGUAUUUCAGUUUGGAGACGCUGACAUUUCGCCAUGUCAAGACUGCACACACACACACAAGAUGAACACAGGAGGGCGUUGACCAGAAUUAAUGAUGUCAUGAAUGAAAGUAGAGAUUUGUUUUGGUCGAAAAGGGUGUUUUAGGGGUCACGUUAUUUUUUUACUCUGAUUAACAAUUUUGGUGUCUCGGAGUGUCUCCGUUUUUAUCCUAAACAUAUAUUUUACUGACUUUUAACAUAAUAUUGUUCAUUUUACUACAAGAAUUUUAAUGGUGUAAUAUUAUUAUAUGAAACACAAAAAAGUCUUGAUGUGUGAUCAUGGAGGUAGGAAUAGAUGGAAGAUGACAAUGGAAGAUGACUAUAGAAGAUGACUAUGCCUGAUUAAACGUCUUACAAAUAGAGCAAAAAGAUUCAAUCCUUGAAUAUCUUUUAAUUGUUGUAGAGGUAACUCAGAAUUUUUGAGCACGUAAUCUUUUAUCACCAAAGUUAAAUUUUGUUCAACUUUGGUUUUAACUUUCAUGCCCUUCCAUACUUUUUAUUAUAAAUCCAAGAAUGUAUGUAGAGAAAAGCAAAACAUUUGCAUUUUCGGAAUAGUUACAAAAUUGUGAGAUAAUUGUUGGGAAGUAAAUGGAUUGAUGACCAAUUAAAAAUAUCCACAUCAAAAUGGGCGAUGAAGCAUUAAAAUUCACAGAAUGUGUGAAAAAAAAUUAUCACGAUCUUUAUGGGGAAGCCUUGGCGAUUUGUUUUCAUAAAGUGGGCAAUAGCAAAAUCUUUUGAUUACCAAACCAUCCGAUAUAGGAUGCCAGUAGCACAUAACACUGUACUGAGCCUUUUUGAGACAUGGCCAGCCGCGGAUCAGGGGGAGGGGGUAAAAUAAAAACAGCUCUGUCAAAAAAAAAAUAUAAAAAAAAUAGAAACAAAUGCGACCCCCCCCCCCCCGCCCCCUGCUCUGACAUCCAAUUUGUUGUACUGGGAAUAAUGUCCGCCUUUGCACAAAAUACGGACAGAGGCAGCUUGGUUGGGGGGUAUAUGUACACUAUUCUGUGAUAUAGUGUUAAUAAUCGUUGGAUUUGAACAGCGCCCCCAUUGAAAGUACAGUAUUAAGUGUCCGGAGGAAAAAAAGCUGUCUACAUUUCAGAUUUUUUUUUGCCGAUGAU